UCCAAUGGACGCUUACGUUCCUAAGUAACCUUCCAAAUUUGACGUAUGGUCUUCAAUGUGGCUGGAUGUCACCUGUGACGAAACUACUGCAGUCAGAACAGUCUCCGGCUGGUAGACCACUCAGUGACAGUGAAAUAUCAUGGAUCGCUAGUGCACCCUCACUGGCGGGAAUGGUGGGAGUACUAUUUUUCGUACCAUUAGUAGAAAGAUAUGGAAGAAAACCGGGAAUAUUAAUAAUGCUGGCGCUUCAAGUGUUGACAUGGGUCUUCAAAAUGUUUCCAUCCUCCAUGACCUGUUUGAUCAUAGGCCGAGUGGCGUGUGGUAUGGCUGGGGGAGGGUGCUUCCAUGUCGUUCCUAUGUACAUUAAAGAGUUUGCUCAGGAUAGCAUUCGAGGCACUUUGCUAUCCAUAUUUGUGAUCGCACAAAGUAUGGGCAUUCUCAUUAUAUACGCGUUAGGAGGGUACUUAGACUAUUACACCGUACUAUGGGUUGUAAUUGGACUACCAAUACUAGGAUUUGGGCUGUUUCUAAAAGCUCCCGAGUCACCUGCACAUUUAGUGAAAGUGGGAAAGAUUGAGGAGGCGGCCAGUACUCUUUCAUUUUUAAGAGGAAUUGAAGUUGAGGAUAAAGAAAUUCAAAAUGAAGUCAAUGCGAUAAAAAAGGAUGACGAUUAUUUUAAAUCUAUACCUGAUGUAUCGUUGAUCACUAUAUUCACAACCAAGGCAUGGAGAAAAGCUUUCGUCAUUAUGAUUCUGAUUAUCCUCGCGGGAGCCACAAGCGGCGGUUUUACUAUAUUGAACUAUGCGGCUACCAUACUGUCUACCUCUGGUGUAGGUUUGAGUCCAGAGCUGCAGUCCCUCAGCAUACCUAUUUUUAUGACAAUCGGCUCACUCUUCACAUUUGCUACAGUGGAUAAAUUGGGAAGAAAGCCUAUUCUAUUGAUGGCAUACCUCGCAUCAGCUCUAGCUUUUGCCUGCCUAGCAACAACAGGCUUACUUCAAGUGCACGGAUGGGUCACACCUGGCUGGCUUAACGUCCUCAUGUUAGCAAUCGUGAUUUGCUGCUAUGGCGGUGGCAUUACUCCUGUACCUUUCAUAGUUAUGCCUGAGCUAUUCAAUUUUCAAAUCCGAGGGAAAUUGAUGGGAUAUUUAGUAAUGUUGGCAUGGUUCAUGGCUUUCAUCCAACUCUUGGCCUUCAGUGCCAUCACGAGCAGCUACGGAGCCCACAUGAGCUUCUACAUGUUUACGGUCAUUAACUUCUUAGGAGUAGUCAUUACAUUAGUACUACUUCCUGAGACUAAUGGUAAGUCUGUGGAAGAACUGGAAAGGAAACUCAAUGGUGAUGAUGUAAGGGCAAGUGAAAAAUGUGAAGAUUCCUGAAGAGAGUUUUAUGUUGCCUUAAAAAACUAAUUUAUGGUUGUAUAAAUAAGAAACUGUUUUGUGAAUGAAUGUGAGAAAAACAGAAUCGAAGAGUGAAUUUCCAAUGUCAGUGUUAACAGAGUUGUUUAAUAUUAAUUUAAAUUUGAACUUAAUUAAAUUACUGUAAUUAUU